CCCCUGAAUGUCAUCAAAAAGUUAAAUCCACUCUAAGGGGUAAAGUUGAGAAAAUUAACGAUGGAAUCUCAGGUCAUGGAAACUCAACACUUCUGAAUGAAAUCUACACGGAGCUCUCCAUCACAGUGGGCAGGAGUGGAGAAGUCAACAAUGAACAUGAGAUCAGACAGAUUGAAGCAUUAACCAGGAAGACACAAAUCAACUGCAACAACAUCUUCAGUCCCUUACUGGGUCAAGAUAAGUCCAUCAGAACUGUGCUGACCAAAGGAGUUGCAGGCAUUGGAAAAACCGUCUCUGUGCAGAAGUUCAUUCUGGAAUGGUGUGAAGGAGAAGCAAAUCAAGAUGUCCUUUUUAUGUUUCUGCUUCCAUUUAGGGAACUGAAUUUUAUGAUGAAGGAAGAGUUAAGCCUCGUGGGUCUUCUUCGUCGCUUUUUCAAGGAAACAAGUGAAUUAAAACCACAAGAUUUUUAUCAACACAAAGUCUUGUUCAUCUUUGAUGGUCUGGAUGAAUGCAGACAUCCUCUAGAUUUCAAAAACAAUAAGAGUCUAUCUGACAUAACACAGCCAGCACCGGUAGAUGUCUUGCUGACAAACCUUAUCAAGGGGAACCUGCUUCCAUCUGCCCUUCUCUGGAUCACCUCUCGACCAGCAGCAUGCGGUCAGAUCCCUGCUGAGUGUGUUGAUCAGGUCACUGAGAUACAAGGGUUUAGUGACCAUCAGAAGGAGGAGUACUUCAGGAAGAGGAUCAGUAACCAGACACUGGCCACCAGAACCAUCACACACAUGAAGUCGUCAAGAAGCCUCUACAUCAUGUGUCGCAUGCCAGUCUUCUGUUGCAUAUCAGCCACAGUUCUGGAGAGAUUUGAUGAGAGAGUGGAGAGUGAAGAAAUCCCAAAGACCCUAACUCAAAUGUUCAUACAGUUCCUGAUCCUGCAGACUAAACAAAGCAGCCACAUGUACUUCGGAAGGGGUUUCAUUGAAGCUCAGGACAUUGAAGAGUGUGUUCUGAAAUUGGGAAAACUGGCUUUUCAACAGAUGCAAAAAGGCAACCUGAUCUUUUAUGAGGAAGACCUGAGAGAGUGUGGCAUUGAUAUUAGGGAAGGGUCAGCGUACUCAGGACUGUGCAAGCAAAUCUUGAAAGAGUUUGGACCAGGGAUGGUGUGCAGUUUUGUGCAUCUCAGUGUACAGGAGUUUCUGGCUGCCUUGUUUGCAUAUCUCUCUUUUGUUUCUGACAACAUAAAUGAGCUGCAAGAACAAGACGGUGCUGGUUUUGGUUUCUUUGUCAAGUCCAAUAUGACUGACUUCCUCAAGAUGACAGUGGAUAAAGCCUUACAGAGUGAGAACGGGCAUCUAGAUCUUUUCCUUCGCUUUCUGCUGGGUCUCUCGCUGAAAUCUAACCAGAGAGUUUUACAAGGCAUACUGCCUCUGACAGGGAGCACGUCUGAAAACAAAGAGGAAAUAGUUGAGUACAUCAAGGAGAAGAUCAGGGAGAACCUGUCACUGCAGAAAACAGCCAGUCUCUUUCACUGCCUGUAUGAACUGAAUGAACAUUCUCUACUGGAGGAAGUCCAAAUGUAUCUGAGCAGUGGGAACAGUCACUGUCUAUCUAAUGCCAACCUCUCUUCUGAUCAGUGGACAGCACUGGUGUUUGUGUUGCUCAGUUCAGAGGACGAGCUGGAUGUGUUUGACCUGAGUAGAUAUGACGCAUCAGAUGAAUGUCUUUUGAAGCUUCUGCCAGUGGUUAAGGCAUCCAAAAAAGCUGAGUUAUGUUGGUGUAAUCUCUCAGAGGAAAGCUGUGCAGUUCUGGCUUCAGCUCUCAGCACAAACUCCUCUAGUAUGAGAGAACUGGACCUGAGUUACAAUAAACUGCAUGAUUCUGGAGUGAGGCUACUCUCUGGUGGACUUGAUAAUCCACAGUGUAAACUAGAGAUUCUAAAACUAUGCGGGUGUAAUAUUACAGAGAUGAGCUGUGCUGCUCUUGUCUCUGCUCUCAUGCAAAGAACUUCAUGUCUGAGAGAACUGGACAUGAGUAACAAUAAACUGCAGGAUAUAGGAAUAAAGCUGAUCUCUGUUGGACUGGAGAGCGAACACUGUAAAGUAGAAAUUCUGAGACUGUGUGAUUGUAAUCUCUCAGAGAUCAGCUGUAGCGCUCUGGCCUCAGUUCUCAGCUCAAAAUCUUCAAGUCUGAGAGAAUUGGACCUGAGUGACAAUAAUCUGCAGGAUUCUGGAGUGAAGCUGCUGUGUGCUGGAUUAGCAAACCCACAAUGUAAACUAGAGCGGCUGAGGCUUUGUAAAUGCAAUAUAAAUGAGCAAGGCUUUGCUGCUCUUGCUUUAGCUCUGAUAUCAAACCCCUCACCUUGCCUGAGAGAACUGGAUCUGAGCUAUAAUAUACCAGGAGUAUCAGGAGUACAGCAGCUUUCUGAUCUACUGAGGAAUACAAAGUGUAAACUGGAGAAACUACAGCUCCAAAACUGCAGUAUUACAGAUGGAGACUGUGCUGUUUUGGCUUUAACUCUGAAUUCAAACUCUUCAUCAUUCCUGAAAGAACUGGAUCUGACACACAACAAUUUGGGAGAGUCAGGAAUAAAUCUGCUGUCUGCACUAGUGAAGAAUCCACACUGUAAACUGGAGAAACUACUGCUGUGUGGUUGUAAUCUCACCAAGCAUUGCUGUGCAGCUCUGGCCUCAGUUCUCAGCUCCAACUCAAGCCUAAGAGAGCUGGAUCUGAGUGAAAACAACCUGGACGAUUCAGGAGUGAAGGACCUCUGUGCUGGCUUACACAGUAUACACUGCAAACUGGAGACACUGGGGCUGUACAAGUGCUGUGUUGGAGAGGAAGGCUUUGCUGCUCUGGCUUCAGCUUUAAGCUCCAGCACAUCAUGUUUAAAAAAGCUGAAUGUGAAGUCAAAUAAACCAGGAAAGUCAGGAAAGGAUCUGCUUACUGAUCUAGUGAAUAAUACAUGCUGUAAACUAAAGAAUCUUUGCAUCUGAAAACCACACACGCCAGUGGGGCUUUUAAGGAGAGGACAACAUCUUAUAGAACAGUGCCAUUCAUACAUCACAACAUAUGUAUAUUUGGGCCAUUAGAAGUCUUCAUGCAGCUGCAGCAUGGAGUGAUGUCCUCUUUCUCUGAUGUUAGUUAAAGUGCUUCAUGUACUGGAUAAACAGUGGCCUCUUUAUUAAUUGUUAGGUGUCAGUAAAUGUUGCUGAUCGGAUAAUAAACGGCCACAGCAGCCUUAAUGGUUUUAUGUUACAUUUUUUUUGUGUAAUGUGUAUAAUUGUUAAAUAUUGCUCAUCAGGUUAUAAACGCUCCCAGCAACCCUAAUUGCAAGGUGUAGAAUCUCCAUGUCUGUGUAUUAUUGAAAAAUGUUGCUAUUAAGAUCAACCAGAAGGCAACAGAAACCUAAACGUUAGGUGUAGGAGUUUGUCAUUUUUGUGUGAAUAAAUGUGAGUGAGUAACAUAAAUACAUGAAUACACAGAUUGACAAAAUUGUUGGUAUCUUUUCAUUAAAGAAAAAACUGCAAUGGUCACUGAAAUAACUUGAAACUGACAAAAAUAAUAAUAAAUACAAAUGGAUGAAAACCUUCAUUUUUUUUUUUAAAUCAGUCAGUUUCAAUUUAUGUUUAGUUUUACUUUCUUUAAUAGAAGGCUGCCAGCAAUUUAGUCCAAAUGUGUACAUGUACAGAAAAGGGUGCUUAUUAAAUUGAUAGUGUGUUUUGUUUCAAUAAAAUGUUCAUUAUAUGUUACUCAUAUUAUGCUAAACUCUUUUUUGCUACUGAUUUUUACACUGUUAAAUAUGUACAUCUUAUAGAAAAUAUUACAAAUGAUUGCAACACAA